CAAAUAUGAGUUUAUUUACUUUAUUAUGAGUAAGACUUCCGUUAGCAUACCCUGAAGUGAACGUUAUAACCAGAAUCGAUCGCGAUGAUUUUCACGGCUUGUUCACACAAAUAAAUACCCAAAAGAGCCCCAAAGCAUGGUUCACGUCUGCCGUAAUAUGAGUGGUUCAGAGGAGUUGCAAAUUGUAAGGGUUUUCUUUCUUAAGGCCAUGAUUUCAUUUUGAAUAAUAUCUCGGUUUGAAGAGUCAAGGAGUCAGUCAAGUCUACCUAGUGCCCUGGGUCAAUGGGGAAGUUGGCAAGGAAACUCACUCACGCAAAGGCUUUAAGGCUUUAAGCCAGCCAAUCAGCAGUGUUUGUCAAGCUUUUCAGAGGUGGUUGUCCCACAUCUUGCUCUUCUUUCUUCCUUUGUUAUGAGUCUUCCUAUCUGAUUCCCCAGUCAACUAGCGUGUUAAACAGAGCACUCUCCCACUAUAUUUGUGAUGAAAGAAUGGAAGUGAGUAAUAUAUUCAACAGUCUUGUUCUGAAUCACAGAAGUAGGUGUUUUUCUUUUAGUGAUAAUUUGUUCUAGGAUCACCCGGAAGUUCUUGGAUGGCUACCGUGGCUGUGUUUAUUUUCUCUGUCUUCACUCAUCUUCUGCUUCUUUACUCCACUGAGAGUUUCUUUUUUGAUGAGUACUUCGCCGAUAGUUGUCCAGCCUACUUCUGUAAUGACAUAGUAGGCAGUAUCUUCUUCCCCUUCAAAAACAUAACACAGAGUCGUCCUGAAUGCGGAUUGUACACUGUCAACUGUUCUGACCGCCAUAAUCCGAAGAUCCGGCUCAAAGAUGGAGGAUACUGGUUUCAAUUGGAAAGCAUUUCUCGAUCAAAUUUCGUUGUUAUCAAUGACAGCCGGCUUCAGGAGCGUAUAGAGCGCUUAGCAGGAGAUACCUGUGAUGAUGAUGUUUUCAAAGAUUUAAGUCUUCCAGGCCCUACUCCCAUCCUCCAUACAUCCACAAACAACCUUACCCUGUUCAGAUGCAACAACACCCAGGAGAAAACUCCUUACAAGUAUCUUAACUAUGCCUGCAGGAGUGUAAAUUAUAUUUACUAUACUAUAUCAAAUGAUAGUUUACAUUGCUCAGCCAUUCAGAUUCCCAUACUUCCAGAUUCCCGUCCCAAUGUCUAUAAUCGUUCUGCAUUGACUGCUAAAUUCUCCCUUCAAGUGAGAAAUACCAAAGAAUGUGAUCAUUGUUAUCAUAGAGGAGGUAAAUGCUUUGAUAACAAGGGAAAAUUGAAAUGUGCCUACCCACAAUGCUGGGAUGAGAAGGGACAAUUCAAUUGUUCCCUCGCAAAAAAAGGUAUAUGCCACAAUGAGGAGGAGGAAGGCAAAUGUGUCCCCCCACAAGAAAAAUGCUGGAAUGAGAAGGGACAAUUCAAUUGUUCCCUUGCAAAAAAAGGUAUAUGCCACGAUGACGAGGAGGAAGGCAAAUGUGCCAAAGCAGGAAAACAUGUGGCUGUGAAGCUAGGACUUGGUAUUGGACUUGGAGGUGCAGCACUCCUUGGAUUCCUUGCAGCAUGCUUGUUUCUUUUCAGGCGUUACAAAAAAAAAAUUGCUUCUUCAAACAUACUCUCCAGGAACAUUUCUUCUCAGCCCUACUCAAAAUCAGACCUAGAAGGGGGCAACGCCUACUUUGGUGUUUCGGUCUUCACUUACGAGGAACUUGAAGAAGCCACUAAUCAUUUUGACAGUGAAAAGGAGCUUGGAGAUGGAGGUUUUGGAACUGUCUACUAUGGCAUACUCAAAGAUGGCCGGGAAGUUGCAGUCAAGCGUUUAUACGAGCACAAUUACAAACGUGUGGAACAGUUUAUGAAUGAAAUUGAAAUUCUCACCCGUCUGCGCCACAAAAACUUAGUCUCCCUCUAUGGUUGCACUUCACGCCGCAGCCGUGAACUCAUCCUUGUCUAUGAAUACAUUCCCAAUGGCACUGUUGCUGAUCAUCUCCACGGCGACCUAGCAGAACAUGGUUUACUCACGUGGCCUAUUCGUAUGAGCAUUGCCAUAGAAACUGCCAAUGCACUGUCUUACCUCCAUGUUUCUGAUAUUGUGCAUCGUGAUGUGAAGACUACCAACAUUCUCCUUGACAACAAUUUCUGUGUUAAAGUUGCAGAUUUUGGGCUCUCCCGGCUUUUUCCCCUUGAUGUCACUCAUGUCUCUACUGCGCCACAAGGGACCCCUGGUUAUGUUGACCCAGAGUAUCACCAGUGUUACCAGCUAACUAGUAAGAGUGAUGUUUAUAGUUUUGGAGUUGUCCUCAUUGAGCUGAUAUCAUCUCUGCCAGCAGUUGAUAUAACUAGGCAUAGGCAUGAGAUCAAUUUGUCUAACAUAGCCAUAAACAAGAUUCAAAGAGGUUUAUACAGUGAGCUGGUAGAUUCAUGUCUGGGGUUUGAGUCAGAUCAUGAAGUUAAAAGGAUGACAAUUGCAGUGGCAGAGUUGGCUUUCCAAUGUUUGCAGCAGGACAAUGAUGCAAGGCCUACCAUGUCUGAGGUUUUGGAAACUUUGCAGAUUAUUGAAAGUGGAAAAGAUGUUCCAGAGAAUUUGGAGGAGGACUUUGGUGAUGUUGAGAUGAGAAAGAGUAUACAGCCACCACCUUCACCAGAAUGUGAUGAGCUUCAGUUGUUGAAGAACAUGAGGCCACCAUUUUCACCAAUUUCCGUGACCCAAAACUGGCCUAGCACUAGGUCUAAUACACCUAAUGCCAGUUGCUGAUUUCUUUUGAACUCCCAUAUAAAUGAUAUGAAUGUAUAUCUCAGAUUCAAUUAGAUGGGUUAUAUAUGGUUUCUACUCAUCUACUUGAUUUUUGACGAAUAGGAAAACAUAUCCAAUUAGGCACAUCACUUUUAGGUAAGGCAUGAGGGAAUGUAUAUAUUAAAUGGAGAAAUUGUCAUUAUGUUCAUAUUUUGCAUAAAUAUCAGACC